CGCUGAUAAUCGCCUGGUGGGGCCGGGAUGCACCGGCCGCCAAAACAGGCGCCCCAGGCACAGGGCCCUGCAGAGUUCUGCCCAGCUCCCCAGCAGCCCUUCGCGCGCAGCACCGCCAAAGCUGGCUCUCUGACUUUGAGGCCACUGAAGUAGGCCGAUCUACUGAGCGUGAGGUCAAGUGGAGGUUUGCGGCAUCACUGGCCCCGGCAUGGAUGCCUGUGCCAUCCAGGCUCAUGUGGGAGACUCCGACAAGAGGUGGUGCACCGCUUGAACCUGAAGAUGGGAAUGGUGAUGGCUACUUUGCAGUCUCAAAGGCGCCCUUGCAGAGAGGGGGCGUUCUGCCCACAAGAAGUCUCCCGCUGCCGGCGCUGCGGUUCUUCCUGCGCUCGGCAGAUGAGAUCCGGAGUGUGUAUGUGCCGCAAAGCUGAAGCCAACAGCUUAGUGACUUGUAUUGUAUCCAUGGAUCCAUGAUGCAAAUGCAGUGCCCAAUUAAUGUGCAUGUGCCUUGUUGCUGAGCAGCAAGCAUACGCAGGCGUGGCGGACCCUCCUGAGUCAGCCAAUCUGGGAUUUCGCGAAGUAGUACAGUGGAAUUCAUGGUAAAUGUAUGUGAUCACAGGAUAUUUUUGCAGGGACAUUGGAAUUCAAGCUUCAGUGUGCACUGUUUGUUGUGUAAAGGAGAAAACAAUGC